AUGGCCACAGCACCACCCAGAAGACCCAGAUGGCACCACCACCCUCCUCCUCCUCCCACUCCCAGGAUCCUUCACUUCCCUCGCCGUCCUCGCCGGAGACCCCCUCCCGUAGGUGCUCGGAAAGUCAACAACAAGUUGGAGACUCUCUUUGAUCGAGAAAGAAUAGUGGUUUUGAGUGAACGGAGGAGGGAGAGAGUGGAAAGUGUGAGCGAGAGUGAGAAAGGGUGUGCUUUGGAGGAAGAGAAGUGGAAGUUUCAGGCUGAGAUGUUGAGGGCAGAAUGUAACUUGUUGAGAAUGGAGAAGGAGAUUGCUGUUAAGAAGUUAGAGAGAACUCGUGUUAAGAUGGAAACAACUCUAAGAUCUGCGCUUCACCCUCUUCUUUCUAGAAGAAUAAAGAUUUGUGAAGGAAAGAAUGUCGAUAAGGUUUUGGAUGAAGAGAUUCAUGAUUUGACAGUGAAACUUCAGAAAUUGCGGAAGAGAUCAACGGUUAAGGAUUUAGGGGCUAGGAAUAACAGAAAUUUUGACAAACAGGCUUCUGUUCUGCAGAGACGACUUGAGAAGAUUGGAGGAUCGUCCGAUGAGGUAUAUUUGACGGGGUUUCAAGAGAUGGAAAAUGUAAGAUUGUCUAUUAAAACAAGUGGCAGAUUUCAUGACAGCGUUGUUCCAAGUGGAAAACUAAAUGUGGAGAUUCUGAGGAGGAAAAUGGAGGGGUUGUCAAAGGGGAUAUUAUUACAAAGAAUGGAGGAAGAAUAUAAUUCACUGCUGUCUACUGCUAGUAAUUCUCUUGCAAGUUCUGGCUCAACUUCCAAGAGAGUUGAAUUUCAAGAUUCAUCUUCCGUACGAGUACCUCAUCAGGCAUAUCCUUGAUUUCUUUGCUCAUCACUAGUUGAUAGGAAUAUGUGUUCAGGACAUUGCAAGACUAUUGUUCGAAGAAUUGUAGAGCAAGUUAGAGCUGAGACUGAGCAGUGGUCUCAAAUGCAGGAGAUGCUUGGUCAGGUGAGGGAAGAAAUGGAGGAAUUGCAGGCUUCACGAGAUCAUUGGGAAGAUCGAGCUCGGCAUUCUGAUUCUCAAAUCCAAUCCCUACACAAUGCUGUGCAAGAAUGGAAACAACGAGCUCUUUCAUCUGAAAGCAAAACAAAUGAGCUUGAAGCAAAACUCUCUGUGCUCUGUGGUGAUCUUGAAAGGUUGAGGAAGGAACAAAAUGCAGCUCAGGAGACCAAAUGUUCACCAAUUCCCUUGGAGUCACAGAAUGAGUUGGAGAAGCGAAUAAUGGUUUGUUGCUCAAAGGAAAAUAAUAAUGCUAAAGAAAACAGCAAACAUAAUGAGGUUUUAAGAAAAGGACAUGCUACUAGAGGUGGAAUCAUAGCCCCAAAACGAUCACCAUUCCAAGACAUUGGGAACCAAUCAUCAUUGAUGAGGCAAAAUGGCAAAGCAGUUUUCCCUUUGCAUUGCCAUCUUUCUGCAGAAGUUGAGAAAAUUUACCAGUGA